UGCACGACCCUGCCCGUGAGCAAUCUCCCAACUCAUCUCUGAUUACAGUAGCUACUCUUAUCUUCUCUGUGGAGAAUAAGUUAGAAAAAAUUAGUAUAGAUGGGGUUUUUAAAUUGUUAAAUUAUUCUAAUAAUGUCACAAGAUAAGAUAGUUGGAGCAGAUAUUCUUUUGGAAUUCCUUGAAGUAGCUAUCCACAAUAUCCUUUACGUUCGGAAAUUAUAUCCUGAGGAAAUUUUUGUCAGAAGGAAGGUAUACUCGACUGCGGUACAUGUCUCCCAGCAUCCUGAGUUAAAUGAAUACAUACAGAACGUACUCAUUGCGAUAAGAGAAUUGAUAACAGAGGAUGAGAACAAUGUAAAAGCAGUAAAUCUGGUAUUCUAUGAUAAGCGUCGCGUUCCAUUGGAAAAAUUUGUCUUUGAUCUUCUUCUACUGCAAGCUAAUUCUUCCGAACAGGAUCCAUACUUCCUAAAGACCGAAGAUGCUUUACGAACGAUUUGUUUAAAACUAUUAAUAUGUGAAUCGUAUUUAAAACCACUACCUGAGGACUGUACCUUUACCAUAGAAGUGUCAACUAAUGAAAGUGCUCACAUAACGCUCUCUGAAAAUCCAAAAUGUGAAAACUUCCCAUGGAUAAUAAAUGAAAAUAGAUCUGAAAUGGGAAAGCGAAGUCUGUUACCUUUGAAAACUGUUAACACAGAAAUAAUUACACUACAAAUAUAUGCCAUGGAGGAUGAAAUGGCGAAGCGUUCUGCCAAAGAGUAUAGCCAAGACUCCAUAAGUUCGUAAUUAGUCAGUAAAACCAGUAUUCAAUGUAUCAAACAAAAAAUAAACAUAUAUUUUUCAUUAUAUCUUUUCUUUUGG